GGGUGUCCGGGGCCCUCGGGAGGUCACACUCCGGCCGGCCAGGAGAGCGUGUGGAUGACCCCGGAGGAUGUCUGGGAAACACUACAAGGGGCCCGAAGUCAGCUGUUGUAUCAAAUAUUUCAUAUUUGGCUUCAACGUGAUCUUCUGGUUUUUGGGCAUUGCGUUUCUGGGAAUUGGACUGUGGGCGUGGAAUGAAAAAGGAGUGCUGUCCAACAUCUCGUCCAUCACCGACCUGGGCGGCUUCGACCCCGUCUGGCUCUUCCUGGUGGUCGGAGGGGUGAUGUUCAUCUUGGGAUUUGCCGGCUGCAUCGGCGCCCUCCGGGAGAAUACCUUCCUGCUCAAGUUUUUCUCGGUGUUCCUGGGCAUUAUUUUCUUCCUGGAGCUGACGGCCGGGGUCCUGGCGUUUGUCUUCAAAGACUGGAUCAAAGACCAGCUGUAUUUCUUCAUCAACAACAACAUCCGAGCCUACAGGGAUGAUAUCGAUUUGCAGAACCUCAUAGACUUCACCCAGGAAUACUGGCAGUGUUGCGGGGCUUUUGGAGCCGAUGACUGGAACCUAAAUAUUUACUUCAAUUGCACAGAUUCUAACGCCAGCCGGGAGCGCUGCGGUGUGCCCUUCUCGUGCUGUACCAAAGACCCUGCGGAAGAUGUCAUCAACACGCAGUGCGGCUACGACGCCCGGCAGAAACCGGAGGUGGACCAGCAGAUGGUCAUCUACACGAAAGGCUGCGUGCCCCAGUUUGAGAAGUGGCUUCAGGACAACCUCACCAUCGUGGCCGGGGUCUUCAUCGGCAUCGCGUUGCUGCAGAUCUUCGGAAUCUGCUUAGCCCAGAACCUGGUGAGCGACAUCGAGGCGGUCAGAGCCAGCUGGUAGGACCCGCUGCACCGACCGCGUGACCGGACACUGGACCGUCCCCGCGCCGGUCCGGGGACUCCUGACCGACCCCCCCCCCAGCCUCGCCCACCCCGGCCGGGGGGCGCCGACGGAUCCUCCCAACCGCCGGCCCCGAAAAGGCCCAGCCGCGGACCUCUCCUGGGCCCCGAAUUCUCGGAACCGGCCGCCCUCCCGGCCACACCGGCCGCCGGGGGGGACCGGCGGCUCUUCCUCCUCCGCGGCGGACGGACGGACAGGCUGACCGGGAGGAGAGCCAUCCGGGUCCCUCCACCUCGGGGACCCCGGCCCCGAGGCCUCGGACGAGGGAACGGGAGGGAGACAUCCGGGCCCGGCGGCGCCCCUCCCAUCCCCCCCGCCGGCGAGGGGGAGAUCUUCAGGACUGGCGCUGAGCCACCGAAGCGAGUUUCCCACCCGGGACGUGGCGGGACACGGCCUCCUCGGCGGAGGCCUCCGAGCCGGCGACCAGGACUGCGUUCGGAAGAGCGGAGGUGCCGGCGGGAUGCGGAUAGGUGCCGUGGCGGCCGCCUAGGCCUUCCGGACCAUCGGCCGGAUUCCCCGGAAGCUUCUGGAACCACUGGGGUGGGAGGGCGUGGUUGGGGUGGGGGGAGAGUUGGGGACUUCUCUGGAGAAAGCUCUGGCUUGGAUCCAGUUUUCCGAUUUCUUUUCGGAGGUGAUUUUUUCCGGCUAAAAGUUUGGCUUUCCUUUUUUCUUGUUUUUUUUUUUUGUUUUUUUUACAAUCUUCUUCCCUGCAUGAACUGUGAAUUUCGAUCCUGGAAGCCUCUCGGUGCCCCCGGCCCCCUCCCCGGCCCCGCAGCCGUGCCCAGAGGGACUCCCGGCACACACCGUUAUUUAUUCGAGGGCGAGGUGGGGUUCCGGCCCUCGGAGUUUCGGGGGGAAGGGCUCACUCUGCUCCAGCAAGAGGUCCCCGGGACUCGGCAACUUUGCCCUCCCCUCCCCGAUCCCGUUUCCCUCCAGCCCCGAGUGGAGUCAAUCACAGUCCAGGAUUAGCCAUCCAGUCGGGAGGAGAGAAACCACGCAUUUCUCCAUUGCGGGCGCCAAACUGCUCCGGUGGGAAUGGAGCCCGAGGGCUGGGCAGGGGGAUGACUGCAAUGACACGUGACCCCAGAGCCUUUCUCCCACUCCUGCAGGGCCCGCGGGCUGGGCAGGGGGAUGACCUCAAUGGCAUCUGACCCCCAGAGCCCAUCUUCUACUCCAGCAGGGCCCAGGGGCUGGGACCGGCCUUUGCUUCCAUCUCUCAGGAGGUGUCUCGAUACGCGUUCGGGGCGCGCUGGGGAGGGGAGGGUCGCGGAAAGGAGCCGUCGGCCCGGCGGGCUGGUUCGGGGGGCCCGGACGCCCGCGUCCUCCCCGCCUGCCCAGACCCGCCGCUUGGCCUCGAUCGGUCUUCGGGAGGACUCGGGGAUCUCCAGUUGCACUUUGGUCUUUUCUGUUUCUUACCUCGUCCUCCCCGCGGCCUCCACCCGACCCGAUCCGGGGAAUUCGGCCAACGCGGAAUCGAGGCCCCAGGCGACGGCAAGUGAGUUUCCGUUUUUCAACCGCUGGUUCUUUUUUUACACGUGGAAGGUGUUUGUCUAGAGGCCGUGGGUAAUAAACCUGGUUCCACCCGA